GUCGGGCCAGUGGCCGUGCAGCCCAGCAAAUCUCGACAGCACUAAGCCGGAUCUACGCGGGCGGGACGGGCUCCGCUGGGGAGGGAGUGGAGUUGAUACAGGGUGAGAGGGCGCUCGGUUCUGGUACCCCGGGCUAGGAUGGAGCAGGAGCAGGAGUCCUCUUCCCACCCUCUUUCCGGUCCAUCGUUGGGACGCCGCUACACUGGCAUCUGGAAGUCACUUUCCGACCUCCUUUUCCCGGAACCGUGUAAUGAGUGGGGGCUUAGAAAUCGGGUUGACUGCAGGCGUGGAAGGUAAGAGGCGAGCGGUUACAGCGGUGUCUUAGGCGCCAAGGACUUAAACUUCAGCCCAGUGAAGAGGCGUUGCAACCCCUGUUAGAGCACGGGCCGAGGAGCUGGCGCUGGGGCUGAGAAUGCUGCCGGCUUGUCUGGGGUCCAAGCAGUCGCCGCUCUUCCUCUUGCCUUGGUCUUCGGGCUGCGGGUCUGUUAUGAAAACAGGUGUCCUGUGUUUCUCUGCCUGUUCUACUAACCUAUUGCUAUGGAGCAAAGCACCUCAAAUGUGGUUUAAUUCACAUGCUCAAGGACUCAGUUAAGACUGGCAUAGCAACAGUCAGUCAACUCUUGAUUUAGCCCCUUCCUUGUGGCACCCGUGAUGACUGGAGCUGAUGGCAGGGGUACCACUGUCUGGUUUCUUCCUGUGGUUUCUCAGAGCAUGAAGGAGCUUCUGGAGAACCCACUUCCCAAGGCAGACUGUGUGAAAAGCCUGCUGGGACAUGUCAUCGUUGCUGGAUGCCUGGUGUGCCACAGAAGCUUGGCAGCAAGGUAGCUCCUCUAAACAAGUGCAGGAUGUCACCAGGAAUCAGGGCCCCGCGGAGUCCAGCCUUCCUGUGAUUCUAAAUGCACUGUCCCAUCCGGUGAUAGCUUGUCCUACUGAUAAACUGGUGACUCAUCUGGCCACAACAGACGGAAACUGGAGGAAAUACCAUUGGCAUCCAAGGCCUGGAAGAUUGCCCCAUCUCAAAGGGAAGCCUCUGACUGUUAUUUGAAAUGCCGAGAAACUUGUUUCGGAGGAGACUUUUUUCUUAUCCUGCAAAAUACUACUUUUUGGGUCUUGUUCUCUCCCUCAUCACUUUCUCUGUUCUAAGAAUUCAUCAGAAGACUGAGUUUGUUAGCAUCAGACACUUGGAGCUUGCUGGAGAUGAUGUGAAUAGCAACAUCAAUUGCACCAAAAUUUUACAGAGUGACCCUGAUGAAAUCCAGAAGGUCAAGCUUGAGUUACUAACAGUGAAAUUCAGGAAGCGCCCUCGGUGGACACCGUAUGACUAUAUAAACAUGACCCGUGACUGUGCCUCUUUCAUCAGGAUGCGCAAAUAUAUUGUAGAGCCCCUUAGCAAAGAAGAGGUAGGCUUUCCAAUUGCGUAUUCCAUAGUGGUUCACCACAAGAUCGAAAUGCUGGACAGGCUCCUGAGGGCCAUCUAUAUGCCUCAGAAUUUCUACUGCAUCCACGUGGACAAAAAAGCCGAGGAGCCCUUUCUAGCCGCGGUGAUGGGCAUUGCGUCCUGCUUUGGUAACGUCUUUGUGGCCAGCCAGCUGGAGAGUGUUGUUUAUGCAUCCUGGAGUCGGGUGCAGGCUGACCUCAACUGUAUGAAGGACCUGUACAGGAUGAGUGCAAGCUGGAAGUACUUGAUCAACCUUUGUGGUAUGGAUUUCCCUAUCAAAACCAACCUAGAAAUUGUCAGGACACUCAAGUCAUUCUCGGGCGAAAACAACCUGGAAACUGAGAAGAUGCCUCAGAACAAGGAAGAGAGAUGGAAAAAACGAUAUGCCAUCGUUGACGGGAAGCUGACAAACACUGGGGUAGCCAAAGCACAGCCUCCACUCAAAACUCCUCUUUUUUCAGGCAGUGCCUACUUCGUAGUCAGUAGGGAAUAUGUAGGCUAUGUGCUAGAAAAUGAAGAUAUCCAAAAGUUCAUGGCGUGGGCACAGGACACAUACAGCCCGGAUGAGUAUCUCUGGGCCACUGUCCAAAGGAUCCCUGGAGUCCCUGGCUCUCUCCCCUCAAGCCAUAAGUAUGACUUGUCUGAUAUGAAUGCUGUCGCUAGGUUUGUCAAGUGGCAAUACUUUGAAGGCGACGUUUCCAAAGGCGCUCCUUACCCACCAUGCAGUGGGGUCCACGUGCGCUCUGUGUGUGUUUUUGGAGCUGGUGACUUGGGCUGGAUGCUUCACACGCACCAUUUUUUCGCCAAUAAGUUUGACAUGGAUGUUGAUCCCUUUGCCAUCCAGUGUUUGGAUGAGCAUCUGAGGCAUAAAGCCCUGCAGACCUUAGAACACUAAGUGCUGUCGGGAACCCUUAGGAAAACAAGGCUGCACACAGUGUUACUCUCAUCGCCUUCCUCCCAAAGAUGGGGUUUUCAAGACAGGGUUUCUCUGUGUAGCUUUGUAGACCAGAUUGGCCUCGAACUCACAGAGGUCCACCUACCUCUGCCUCCUGAGUGCUGGGAUUAAAGGUGUGCACCACCACCGCCCAGCUGGAUGAUGACUUUUAAGUCAGUGUCAGAGAAGUGCAUGAAGUUUGCAGAAUACAGUUAGUUACAAGAGACAUCGAUAUAUUAAGUAUUGCAGAGCAAAUGUGAGGAGAGUUAAGAUGGCUGGAGGCUGGGGAAGAUUUUAUGGCCAGAGGACAAGUGAUUACGAAAGAGGCCAAUGCAGUAAUCAGUCUUCCUGACUAAUCAAAGAAACAGGUACUUCAUCCAAAGGAGAUUUGAUUUGUGCCAAAAUUCUCUUAGGAAUUUUAAUCAUGACACUUUUCUUGAUUUUAAAAUUGUAGCAACAACCAAUCACAAAGAUAUGAUUUACCUAGUAUAGUUUUUGGAAUGGACAUUUGGUUUUGCUCUUAAAUUACCCUUGUAAAUAAUCCACUUCCUGCUGUGACUCUGUGGGGGUAGUGUCUCUGUGUGUCAUCUCAGGGAGUUUAAAAUAUGUUCAGCAUGAUUAUCUCUGUCUUAAUUUUUUCUUUGCAUACAUGUUUUCAAAAGCGGGGAGGAGGGAGGACAAUUUCUAGCUAACCAAUUUUUAUGAAUUCUUUUAAGUUAUUAGAGAAUUCUAGGAAGCAGCUGGGUGUGUGGCCUGUGCCUGUGAAACAGGAUCAUCUGAUCUCAAGGGAUAGCGACUGGGCUAGGCAAAGGAAGAAACAACUGUGUUUCCAGAUAUACAAUUUUUUACCCUGCCUUUCCAGACUGUGAAUGUUGUAAAACGGCAUACAUGUCACUGUCUGAGGGCCCCAUAUCAGUUUUACCCCACCUUCCCAGACUAUGUGCAUGCUGGAAAGUGACAUACAUGUCACUGUUGGAAGGCCCUAUAUCUGUGCUUUUAGUCUUUGAUGUGGUACAGUCACUAGUAACUACUGCAGAAGACUGAGGAGGAUGAGGAAGGUGGAGUCUAUGACGGCCAUUGCUAAGGCCCCAGUACAUGCUUAUAGCCAGCAGUUGGCUCUAUCCCAAGAAAUUAAGGUUUCUUCCUACUGGACCCGCUAGUGACUUGGGUGGCCGCAUUCUGGCCUUGAGUUUUCUUGUUAUCUGCCCACUGGCUUUUCUUACCCUCUAGCUGCUAGUUUCUUUCUCUCUCAUGGCCCUUGCUGAGGAAGAAAGAACAACACUUGUGUCCACAUGAAGUGUUUGAAGACUUGGGAAGAGAGCUGUGUUUUCACAGCAACUUUUCACCGAAAGACAAAUGAUACAGGCUUUCUGCAGUUCUGACUCUUUCUCAAAGGAAGUUUUGUUUUGUUUUCCCCCUCUUAAUAUUAUUUAGCUAAAUCUAAACUGUUCAACCAGAAUUCUAAUGACCGGGAAGCCUUGUUAUUUAGUGUUAAAUUUUUAACAAGAAUUGACACCAUGUACUUUUAUUCCUAAAAUAUAGUCAACUUUAAUAACCCAUGAGAAAAUCAUAAUAACAGACAAUUUUAAGGCAUUCAACUGAGAAAGUUUAUUUUCUGCCUCAGAGCUAGAAUCUAUUUUUCUUGUAAUGACAACUCUUAUCACUAGAAAAGCCGUGUUUUGUGUUGGACCAAUAGAAACAUGGCUGCUGUGAAAUUGUAGCGCUGAUGGUGGUGCAGUGAUUGAUCGGUCUGUGUGCCUGCUAUGCUGGCUUCUGGUUUCUUUCUUUAGUUUGUGUCCAGGUUUCGUUGAAUGCUUCUUUAGUAGAAAGGCUUUUACCUAUGAGACAGAGCAUCUUUUAAAUCUAAAACCCGUGGUACUUGGAGACAUAACAUUUGUGUAAACAGCUGUGACUUGAGCAGUUUUUCUGUUCUAUUUUGAAAACGCAGGGUUAAAGCAGUGGUCCAGUGACCCAGCAAGCAACCCUGACCAGAAGUCACCAGCAGUUAACACAUAGAGCCCCAUUAGCUUUAUACUGGAUGAACUCUUGAACUUUGCAAAACUGGAAAUGAAAUUUUUGUUUAAAUUACAAGUGUUUUUAAAAAUCAAGCAUUGUAUGUUAUUAACCCAAACACUCCGUAUUGUCAUGUGGCUGCAUUUAGUUUACAAUUAAGUGGCAAGUCUGAGGGUCUUUCCUUUCCCCACUGUCGGAGUAAAACUAGGACCCUAGAGUUCCAGAGCCCACAUUAAUGCUGUGAGGACUCCACACUGUCUGAUACCUCACUUUCCUAGCACUGCAUUUGUUGAACCUGUGUCUGUGCUGUAGUGUCCUGAUGCCCGAUGCAGGCAGGGCUUCUGUAGUGUGUUAUUGGGACUCUGUGGAUCCUGUUUUCACAUUUUCCAAUAUGACUUAAAGCAAAAGAAAUUUAGGGACAAAUAAUUCAAAGACCUAAAAAGUGAACUUGGAAAUGAAACCAUGAUACAUUCCAGAUGAACACAUUUCUAGGUCAUUGGGAGUGAUACCAGGCUUUAUUUAAGCUACUUCAUAUUUGUUAAUGAACACUAAUUUUAAACUAAAAUCUUUAAGGUCUUGUAUAGAAAACUUAGUAAUCACAUUCACAAAUAAAACAGAAUUUUAGCUAUUAAGUAAAUCAAGAUGUGUAUAUCAUUUGUUAAAAACUAAUUUAAAAAGAUUGUUUAUUGUGUAAACACCUGCCUAGGUCCUUCCAAGGUCAAGGUAAAAAACUGCUUCGCCUUAAAAACUGGGAACAUUAUGACUUCAAAACAUGUAUCUGUGUCACCCAUCUAGUAGGGUUCUUAUUUAAAUGAAUUUAUUUCCUCUUCACAUGAUUUGGGUUGGAAGAGGCUGUUUUAGUAGUUCAUGUGUAGGACUGAUGGAACUGGAUGUUUUUAGUUGCUUAAAUCAUCAUCAUUAUGAAGUGUAAAUGCAAUACUAUUUAUGGUAAAUUUUGCUUAAUGAAUCAGUCAUCAUCAUUAAACUCAAUCAUUCAGAAACCAA